AUCAUUCGGUUAUGGAUACUAAUGGAGUGAACAAACAAUACCUAGCAACCAGACAAAACGGACCCAAAUCAUUAUCGAAGACUUUAACAAUGUAAUUUUUCAAACAUAUCCAUAAUCAGCAUGCAGCAGAUAGCCUAACGGAAUCCUACGUGAACUAUGCGGUCGUGUCUUGGACACAACCCUUCUGUGCCUUUUUCUGUGCGGUCCCUAUCCCCCGCACAAAAAAAAAGGUUUGCCUGUAUAUAAUAGUCAUGUUUUAUCUCUAGAGUAAUUUAUAGAAAGAUAAAAUAAAAUUACAUUCCCAUAUGUUCCACAACUACAUAAUUAACGAGCAACCAAGUAUUCCUCCUUAUUUUUGAACCUGCGUUUGAUUCAGCAGACUAACGCUCGUUGGCAUUGAAAUACCGAAUCAUCGAGGUAUAAUCGCAAACUUGUCAUUCUAAAGGUGCUCAUACACUGUUUGACCGAAGCCAAAUAUUUGACUCUUUUUGACAGAUAAAAUUUGGUCAACGUGUACUGAUCAAAUAUAUUCUACACAAAACACGACAAGCAAAUAUUCAAUUAUUGGAUGCCUAAAAUAUUUUUUCAGUCUGUUCUUCGAACCUGUCGGUACAUGGUUAGGUUACCUUGGAUAUUUCAGUUGAUUUUUUUUCCAUGUUCGGUGUUUGAUAUUGUUUACUACUGUUUAAAAUUGAAGAGUGGCAAACAAAAUAGUGUUUGUACAAAUAUCAAAUCAAACCUUAUCUGUCAAAAAAUAUCAAAUAUUUGACCUCCGGGCAAACAGUGUACGGCCACCUUAAAACAUACGUUUAAUUAAAUGGAAUAUUAUCUCAUACACUAUAUUAAUUUUAGCUACAUAGCGUUCAAACGUCCGAAAUUAUGCAACCGACAUAAUGUUCAAACGCCCGAAAUCAUGCAACUGACAUGUCUCUUAUAAACGGGAAUGGACUUUUUCACUUCACGGAGUUUAUUUUUACACGCAAAUGUCCGUGACAACGAUGAUAAACACAAAAAGAUUAAGUGAGGUGUCAGUGUCGUUUCAGGUUUCAGUUGGAUAUACAAGUCGACUACCGUCGCAUGUGUUCUUCCGAUUGUUUCUACGUUGUCGGCGAAGCAGAUAAACUGAUUAAACUUGUUGAAAAUCGUGCCCCGCAUGUUGACGCCCGCUCUCCGCAUAACACCUUCCAACGCCACGUUGAAGAGCAGACAGGAGAGUCCUUCGCCUUGUCGAUGUCCCCUGUGAGUCUCAAAUGAUUCCGGCAGCUCAUCUGAGAUCCGCACACUGCACCGCAUAUCGUUCAUCGUUGCCUGAAUCAGUCUUAUCAACUUUUGGAGAAAGCCACGUUCGUACAUGAUCCUCCAUAGCUUUCGUCGGUCGAUUGUAUCAUACGCGGCCUUGAGGUCAACGAAGAUGCGGCACUUUUGAAGGAUCUGCCGCAGUGUGAAAAUCUAGUCCGUAGUCAAGCAACCGGGCAUGAACGAAGCCUGAUAACUUCCCACAAAUCUAUUUACUAUUGGCGAUAGACGGCGAAAGAGGAUCUGAGACAGAUUUUUGUAGGCACCAUUCAGGAUUGUAAUGGAACGAUAGUUUCCACAAUUCAGCUUGUCUCCUUUUUAAUAGAAGGCGCAGAUUACCCCGUCCUUCCACUCUUCCGGUAACUGAUCUUUGUCCCAGAUCCUGAUUAUCAACCGCUGUAUACACUUUACAAGUUUUACCAUACCUCCCUUGAAGAGCUCCGCUACGAGGCCAUCCUUACCAGCUGCUUUGUGGUUCUUUAGCUGUUUAAUGACCUCCUUAACUUCACCCAUCGUCGGGGGUCCUCCUCAACGCUCAUCGUUCAACCUUCAUCGUGGUGCUGCCUCCACCUUUCGAUCACCUCGCGUUCGUUUGUUAAGAUGCCUCCUUCCUUGUUCCUGCACAUUUCGGCUCGCGGCACAAAGCCUUUGUGCGAGGCAUUUAGUUUCUUGAAGAACUUCCGCGAUUCUUGAGAACUAUCGUCGCUCCAUCUCCUCACACUCUUUCUCUUCCAGGCGGCGCUUUUUUUCCCGAAAGAGAUGUGUUUGCUGCCUUCGCUUCAGUCUGUAUCGUUCCACGUUUUGUCGAGUCGCUCGUUGCAGCAUGACUGCAUCCUUCUUGUCCUCAAACCAUUCGUUCCGUUGUCCUCGUUGUUCAUACCAGAUGACAGUACCUGCUGUGCUGCUAAACGCUGCUUUUAAGAUGUCCCAGCAUUCAUCGAGGGGGCAGCAUCCAGUUCAAGAUGCUGCGAGUAUGUUGUAGCAGUCGUCGUAGGUGAUACCAUGGUGAACGUUGGUGUUUUAUGUUACUGACGACUAACAGUUUAGAACGCAGUUUGACCAUCACCAGGUAGUGAUCUGAAACGAUGUUAGCGCCACGAUAGGUUCCUAUGUCGAUGAUAUCCGAAAAGUGCCGACCGUCAAUCAAAACGUAGUCAAUUUGUGUUUCUGUUUGCUGAGAUGAUCUCCAGGUGUAUCGGUACUGGGGGCUGUGCUGGAAGAAGGAUCUACGUAUGGCCAUGUUCUUGGAAUCCCUCCUCUUGGUCGACCUGAGGGUUCAAAUCACCGAUGACGAUUUUUAUGUCGUGUUUUGGACAACGAUCGUAUUCACACUUGAGCUGCGUAUAGAAUUCUUCUCUAUCAUCUCCGGUGCUAUCUAGAUGAGGGCUGUGGACGUUGAUAAUGCUGGCUCAGCAUCCCCAGUCUGCACAUACUUCCGUUGAUCGGCCACCAGCCAAUCUCCCGUUUCUGCAUCUCCGCCAUCACGAUUAAAGAUGUACCCAGUUCGUGUGUUGCAGCAGCUCUGGUAGAUGGUAUAACCAUCUCGAAACGAUCACACCAUCGAACCUUUCCAGCACAACACUGGCAGCGCUACGAUGUUGAAAUUGCCAGCACUCAAUAUAUCCGAAAGAAUUCGGGUACUCGCAAGAAAGUUGAGAGACUUGCAGUUCCAUGUUCCGCGUUUCUAAUCUCUAGUCCGUGUUCUUUGCGUGGGUUUAGCCGUGGGAUUGUCCUGUCUCGAAUUCAUUCGUGAUUUUUUCUGUGCGUUUCCUUUUUACGGAUGGCCUGCAGGGCCUGCACCAAGCCCCUGUCUCACCGGAGGACCGACGUGCACAGCUCUUUUUAAAGUCCCCGCUAGCACGAAAACAGUUUAUCAACCGCCCCUGACAUGGGGAACGGACGCAGUUUUGAGCCGCACCUUCAUGAUGAACAGACGCUCGGAUAGACGUCCUUCUUUGUCAGCACACGACUAAGAUCCCACCAGGGUUGGCACAGCGGGGAGGUAGUAGUUAGGGGACAAGAAUCUAAGGACGAAUGUGGUCUAUUUUAUGCUUACAGGUACACGAAGUACCGAUGGUACGCUUAGUCCAGUCAAUUACCAACCAGGCCCCAAGUUUGCUGUAACGGAAUCGUGUACUGUUGCUACUUCUACACGAUAAAGAAGGCAUCUAGUAUUCAUAGCGUCUUUUUUUCAGCUGACAGUCCAUAAUUUUCCGUUGUCCUGGGUAUUUUAUGUUACAUUAGUUCGGAAUGGCCACAGAAUCUGGAACUAAGAAUGAGCUCGAGAAAAUCGCCAAAAAGAAACAAAUUGCUAUAGUGGAACCGGCUGGCUACACAAGGCGAAAAGAGGAAAAGCGCAAAUCCUUUUUCCCCGAUCCCCGUGGAAGCCAGGACAUGCAGGAUUCAUCGAACAGUACUGAGAAGAAACAAUCCGUUGCCCAGGUUUAUGACCGACUGAUGAAUGCUGGUUUUCCGUCUGUGGCCCCCCGACGAUGGACUAGUCAGCGAAGCACAUUGUACAAAUCGCCACGUUUUCAAAAUACUUACCUGUUGGAAUCGCGGCGCCCUUUUGACCGCGACGAAGUGGAACCGAUUGUUCAUCACUAUCUGGAUUCAUUUCUGCAAAAUCUCAAAUACUAUCCGAAACGUGCCAAACGAUUGGCAGAAAAUCUGAGCAUUGACUUGAGGGAUACGAUCAAACGCUGCCGCUAUGAUCGCUAUCGAACCGUUGUGUGGGUAACCGUUGGAGAUAAAUUCCAUCAAGAUUUUAGGGCAACUAUGCAUUUCCUGUGGGACGCCGAAAAGGAUGGAUACAUUACCUAUGCAUUCGAAACACCGGAUUUCUUUGUGAAUGUCGUCAUUUUUGGCAUUUAUUAUGAGUAGCAUUCGACUCGUGAGGGAUUUUCCUUAAAUAAAAUGGUUUAUUCCAAAAUUUGUUACUAGUU